CGAUUGACGAAGCAAAAACGAGACAGACGAACAGAUUCAUAACAAGGAAGUAAAAGUGUAGAGUUUCUGUAGAGAAUAAAGAAAAGAAAUUAUUGAAAAUGGGGUCUAACGCUUCGACACUUCUGCAGGAUGAAGAGAUUCGAGAUAUUGAAUUAGAAACAGGCUUUUCUCACAAACAGAUAUUGAGGCUUUACAGUAGGUUCACGAGUUUAGACAAAGAUGGAAGUGGAAGGCUUGGACGACAGGAUCUCCUACGAAUUCCAGAACUUGCUGUAAAUCCGCUAGGGGACAGGAUCAUACAUGCUUUCUUUUCCGACAGUAAAGAUGGAAAUAUCAACUUCAAAAAUUUUAUGAAAACAUUGGCAAUUUUUCGACCAAUCAAGAAGAGUGAUAGUGAGGCUGCUGUCAACAGUGUUGAAAGUAAACUUAAAUUUGCAUUUAGAAUGUAUGAUCUUGACUCUGAUGACAAGAUAAGCAAAGAAGAGCUACUGGUCGUUCUUGAGAUGAUGGUGGGCAACAACAUUACUGAUGAUCAAUUAGGAUUGAUUGCCGACAGAACCAUCAAAGAAGCCGACCAAGACAACCAGGGCCACAUAACAUUUGAAAAUUUCUCAAAGGCUCUUGAAAGAAACGAUCCAGGACAGAUGAUGAGUAUAAGGUUUUUAAACUAAAGCAAGAAAUCACAAAAUGCCGUUGAACAAAAAGUAGCAGCACCUGUACUAAUCUAAAGCCGUGUCCAUACUAUCAGAUUUCAUGUGACAAAUAAAUGUGAUAUGCCCAUAUUUGGGUGUAAUAUUUUUUUAUUUAUUUAUUUAGGCACAUGCACCAAGGAUUGUCAACAAGGAACGUAUCACUGUCCUACUUGUAGGUGACAAUCCCUUUCACAAAACAAUUAUACACACACAAUGCUUUAUACACAAACUAAGUCUCAGUAUGAGGUUUAGGGAGUGGAUUUGUUUUGGUCGAGCCCAUAUGUACAGUGCCGUAUCU